AUGGCUGAAAACGAAGUCGUCAUGCGUGGCGACGGGAACUACAACAAAAACUCCUCCCUCCAACAAGUUGCAGUCCUCCCCGCCCUCUCCCUCCUCCCCUCCCUCUCCACCCAAAAACUUCCCGUAAUCGUAGACUACGGCUGCUCCCAAGGCGGCAGUUCCAUCAUCCCCCUCAAAACCCUCCUCGCUACCAUCCCCUCCGGUUCCAGCGUCCAACUCAUCUUCAACGACCGUCCAGAGAACGACUUCACGACCCUCAGCCGCACCAUCAAAGACCGCGAAGCCGACCUGAACCGCAAUGGCGAGCUCCACACGUUUCCCUCUAUGGUUCCAAUCAGCUACUUCAAUCAGAUCGUCCCUGACAACACCGUUGACGUCGGCAUGGCGUGGUCCACACUGAACUACCUCGAAACACAAAUGCCGCUCGCGCCAACCGCCGACCUACGCGAGAUGGUGCGGCAGCGGGCAGUGCGCAACGUCAAGCAAGGCCACGCCGAUCUCGUGAAAGUGCUCGCACUGCGCGCAAGGGAGAUCAAGAAAGGCGGCGCCUUCAUCGCCGGCACUAGCGCCCGGCCAUGUGGCGAGGGCUCGCACAUCGCGAGCAGCAUCAUAGGGCUUAUGAUGGGGCCGAUUGGGGCGAUGGUGGCCGCGGGGCGGAUGACGCCGCAGAAUAUCAUGGCCAUGGAUCCGCCGGCGCAUGAGCGGGCGAUGGAGGAGGUUAAUAGUGUGUUUGAGGAGGUUAAAGAGCUCUGGAGUGUGGAGAGCUGCUUUGAGAAGACGAUUGUGCAUCCGGCGUAUGAGUGGUUGGUGGAAGAGCUGAAGAAGGAUGAUGGGAGCGGGAAGGAGGGGUUGAGGAGGGAGUUUGCGACGAGGAUUGUGGAUUGGAUACUUGCGGCUUUUGCGGGUUUCUUUGUGAAGGCGUUGAGAUCAGGGAGGGAUGAUUAA